AUGCGGCGAGUCCCUGCACUCGCCCUGAGCCGGUCCCAGCAGCGAUGCUUCGGCAGCUGGGACCGUGUGCCCGGCCGUGUGCAGGUCACGGACGUUUCUCCUCGAGAUGGCCUGCAGAAUGAGCCCGCAGCCGCCCCGGCCAGGCAAGGGGUGGAUUCUCUUCCUCGAUGGGCGCAGCGCGAACUGCGAGACUCCCAUCGUACAGCAGAACCCGAGACCUCGCUCCAGUUCGGGGAGGUGCCGGUGUUGGAGCCCCGAAACCCACCCAAGACCUUGACCGAAACAACGGCUCCCAGCGAGGCAACAGCCCUGGCCGCCCAAGUACGGCGCCUUGGUGAGGUUGAGUUCCAGGAGGAUGCCCUGGAGCUCGUGGAUGCAGACGGCCCCUGGGCAGCUUCUGCUUUGGUGCAGGGAGGAGAGCUGCUGGGCUUCGUGGUCUUCGGCGUCCUCAACGGUUCCAUGUGGCUACGCUACAUCGCGGUGGUGCCACAGCACCGGAAGAAAGGGUACGGACGUCGGCUGAUUGAGCACGUCUGCCAGUGCUGCCAGGAGCAAGGCGUGCUGGAGCUCACGCUCUUUUCGAAGAGGGAGCUGGUUCCCUUCUACGAGGCGCUGGGCUUCCGAGAGGUGCCGGACGAGGUGCUCCGUGAGAAGCUUCGGCUAAGUGACGAUGAGCUGAGCACCUUGCGCAGCGCGGGCGUCAUUGCUGGUGUUUCAAGUAUGAAUAGGAAAGCAUUUGCGAACCUUCUCGACCAAGACAUGGAGGAGCAGUGUCAGGUGGCGACAGUGGCCGUCCACCACGUGGACCCAGGUAUCACCGAGCAGGGUGGCUGGGCGAUGGUGCAUGCCUCGGAGGAGCUGCGACGAAACGCGGAGUUCGUCCUCUCUGCGGUCAUCCAGGAUGGAGGCUGCCUGAUGUAUGCAUCAGACGAGCUCUGCGGCGACGAGCAGGCCAUCAAGCCGCUUUCCUUCUUCCGAGAGUUCUUGAUGCGUGAUCCAGUGAAGAUCGGUCACAGGGCUGAGGUGAAGCUUCAAGACGGAAGAGACGUGCAUGUGCAGACCCUCAGCGACUACAGCACUGGGUUGCCAGCCUUCUUGGUGGAAGACCUCGUCAGUCAGGAGGAGAUAGCUACAAUCAAGACAGCUGCUCUGCGAGAGGGCAUGGCAAGAAGCUUGACGCAAGUCCACAAGAAAAGGGUGACGAAGAAACGGGCAGCAAGGAUUUUCAAGGAGGUCGAUGCAGAUCGAGAUGGUGCCCUGGAUUUUCAAGAGCUCAAAGAUUUCCUCCGUGAGGCGGCAGACAUGGUCGAUUUAAACUACACCGCCUUCCUGCAUGACCAACUGGGAUUGCCAAAUGCAGCUGAAGCAGCGGCGGCCGGCAGGAAGCUCCGCAAGAAGGAGAUCCAGGGCAUAAACUGGCCAGCAUUCUUCCGCGCCUGCUUUUCGAAUUCCCCUGAAUGGUUCUCCCGCUUCUCAAACCAGGCUUGGCUCUCUUAUGAAGAUCAUGCAGGUCUGAGUGGCAUUCUGGACAAAGUUGCUCGGGUCACUGGCUUGCCCCUAUCUUUGGUUCAACGAAAUGCAGAGGACAUGCAAGUCUUGAGAUAUCCAGCCGGCGGUGGCCACUACUCUUGCCACCACGACACAGCCGCUGAAGCCCAGGAGGCAAUCCGCUUCAUAACAGUGUUCUUCUUCUUGAACGACAUCGAGGAUGGAGGCGAGACUGUCCUCUUCGGCACUGACCUGAACGGAAGCCGUUCCCGAGAUUUUUACCUUGCAGGGGAGGAUGUGUGGAGCGAUAUCGAAGCUCGAUGCCAGUCUGUCCACAGCUGCCCACAACAUCCAGGCGCGCAACCACCGCCUCCCUUCUCUACCGCCCUGGUGGUCCAGCCUCGUGCGGGCAGCGCUCUUUUUUGGUACAAUAUGGAGCUGGAACCAGCCGUGGAGCAGGAUGGCAACGCCAUGCGCUACGCUUCGCCCGCGCUGAAGUCGGACCCCGUCUUCGCGCUCGAAGCCAUCAAGAAGAACAGCGAGGCAAUCCUCUACAUCUCGAGAGAUCUCCGUCAGGACCCGCAAUUCACCCUGCAGGCCGCCCUCUCCGGCUGCUCUCGGGACCUCCUGGACCCGAGGUUGCGCGUUUGGCUGGAACAGCGAGAUGAGCUCUUGGCCCGGAUGCGGACUGCCAUCGACGACCAAGAUGUCUUCGGCGUCAGGGAGGCAGCACUGCCCUACUGUCAGAAUAACACGUAA